CGCAGUCUAACACGGGAUACACAGCAGUGCUGGGAAGGGUACACGCGAAUCACCUCUUCAGUUUAUCUAGAGCGGGAUAUUUGCCUUCAAGAGUGGAUUAAAAGGGACAUUUUAGUAAAGAACUGAGGGGGUGUUGUCCAAAAUGGAGGUGAAGACAUCACUUCUCGACAAUAUGAUAGGGGUGGGCGAUAUGGUCCUCAUUGAGCCCCUAUCAGAAGACACCUUCAUUGAGAAUCUAAAGAAGCGAUUCGAUCACAAUGAGAUCUAUACAUACAUUGGCAGUGUGGUGAUCUCAAUGAACCCCUACAAGUCCCUGCCCAUCUACACAGCAGAAAAGGUGGAGGAGUAUCGCAACAGGAACUUCUACGAGCUCAGUCCACACAUUUAUGCUCUGGCAGAUGAGGCCUACCGGUCCCUGCGGGAACAAGAUAACGACCAGUGCAUUCUCAUCACUGGAGAGAGCGGAGCAGGAAAGACGGAGGCCAGUAAGUUUGUGAUGUCGUAUGUGGCGGCAGUGUGUGGGAAGGGCCAGGAGGUGAGCAAAGUGAAGGAGCAGCUGCUUCAGUCCAAUCCCGUGCUUGAGGCUUUUGGGAACGCCAAAACCGUGAGGAAUGACAACUCGUCUCGAUUUGGGAAGUACAUGGAUAUCGAGUUUGACUUCAAAGGAGACCCCCUUGGUGGAGUCAUCAGUAAUUAUCUCUUGGAGAAAUCCCGUGUGGUAAAGCAGCCCAGGGGUGAGAGGAAUUUCCACAUCUUCUACCAGCUGCUUUCUGGAGCAUCAGAUGACACGCUCAAAAAACUGAAGCUGGACCGAGACUUCAGUAAAUACAACUACCUUAGCCUGGAUUCGGCAACAGUCAAUGGACUGGACGAUGCUGCCAGUUUCAGAACAGUCAGAAAUGCCAUGCAAAUUGUGGGCUUCAUGGAGGAUGAGGUUCAGUCAAUACUGGAGCUGGUGGCUGCUGUUCUCAAACUGGGAAAUAUCGAGUUUAAACCAGAGUCUCGUUGCAACGGCUACGAUGAGAGUCGAGUCAAGGACAAGAACGACCUGAAAGAGAUGUGUGAGCUGCUGGGCAUUGAGCAGUCUGUGCUGGAGAGAGCAUUCAGCUUCCGGACCGUGGAGGCCAAGAUGGAGAAGGUGUCCACCACGCUCAACGUGGCUCAGGCCUAUUAUGCUCGUGAUGCUCUUGCCAAAAACCUUUACAGCCGACUGUUCAGCUGGCUGGUGAACCGAAUCAAUGAAAGCAUCAAGGCUCAAACCAAAACACGCAAGAAAGUAAUGGGAGUCCUGGAUAUUUACGGUUUUGAAAUCUUUGAGGAUGGAGACAACAGUUUUGAACAGUUCAUCAUCAACUACUGCAAUGAGAAGCUCCAGCAAAUCUUCAUCGAGCUUACUCUCCGCGAGGAGCAGGAGGAGUAUGUCCGUGAGGAUAUUGAGUGGACCAACAUUGAGUAUUUCAACAACGCCAUCAUAUGUGACCUCAUCGAGAAUAACAAGAAUGGGAUUUUGGCCAUGUUGGAUGAGGAGUGUUUGAGGCCAGGCACAGUAACAGAUGAGACUUUCUUGGACAAGUUGAACACCGUGUGUGCUGAACACCAGCACUUUGAGAGCAGACAGAGCAAAAACUCCAAGUUCCUCACAGACCACAGCCUACCACACAACUGCUUCCGCAUCCAGCACUACGCUGGCAAGGUGCUGUAUCGGGCGGAGGGAUUUGUGGAUAAAAACAAUGACCUCCUCUACAGAGAUUUAUCCCAGGCCAUGUACAAAGCCAAUCACAGCCUGAUAAAGAUUCUCUUUCCUGAGGGAAACCCAGCUAAAGUGAACCUCAAGCGGCCCCCCACAGCUGGAUUCCAGUUUAGAGCCUCAGUGGGAACGCUCAUGAAGAACUUGCUGACCAAGAACCCCAACUAUAUCAGGUGCAUCAAACCCAAUGACAAGAAAGCAGCCCACAUUUUUACAGACUCACUAGUGUGUCACCAGGUGCGCUACCUGGGUCUGAUGGAGAAUGUGCGUGUACGAAGGGCUGGUUAUGCUUUCCGCCAGGCCUACGAUCCCUGUCUGGAACGCUACAAGAUGCUCUGCAAGCAGACCUGGCCCCACUGGAAGGGCCCAGCCAGGGAUGGUGUUGAGGUUCUCAUGAAAGAUCUGCAGGUUCCUGCUGAGGAGUUUGCCUAUGGACGUUCAAAGAUCUUCAUCAGGAACCCAAGAACGCUCUUCUUCUUGGAAGAGAAGAGGAGUCAGUGCCUAGAGGAUUUGGCAACGCUCAUCCAGAAGAUCUACCGUGGCUGGAAGUGCCGCACUCACUUUCUCCUGUUAAAGAAGAGCCAGGUGGUGGUGGCCGCCUGGUACCGAAGAUUUGCGCAACAAAAGAAGUACCAGAACAUCAGGUCCUCUGCCUUAGUGUUACAAUCAUUCAUCCGAGGAUGGAAGGCCCGGAAGCUUCUGCGUGAGCUGAAACACAAGAAGCGGUGCGAAGAGGCCGUCACAACUAUUUCAGCAUACUGGCAUGGAACUCAGGCUCGCUGGGAACUGCGGCGUCUUAAGGAGGAGGCACGGAAUAAACACGCCGUGUCUGUCAUUUGGGCAGCUUGGCUUGGAACUAAGGCUCGGAGAGAACUGCAGCGCUUAAAACAUGAAGCUCGCAGUAAACAGGCCGUGUCUGUCAUAUGGGCCUGCUGGCAAGGAACUAAGGCACGUAGAGAGCUGAAAUGCUUGAAGGAGGAAGCCAGGCGUAAGCACGCCAUCGCUGUCAUUUGGGCCUACUGGUUGGGACUAAAGGUCCGUCGGGAAUACAGGAAGUUCUUCAGAGCUAAUGCUGGCAAGAAGAUCUAUGACUUCACCAUCCAGAGAAUUAUGCAGAAGUACUUCCUGGGCUUGAAGAAGACGAUGCCUUCCAUGUCACCGAUUGAUAAGAGCUGGCCAGCUCGCCCCUACGGUUUCCUGGACAGGACACAUCAAGAGCUCAGGAGAAUUUUCCAUCUGUGGAGGUGUAAGAAAUACCGCAGCCAGUUCACAGAAGAGAAGAAGGCUACCUACGAGGAGAAGCUUGCGGCUAGUGAACUCUUCAAAGAUAAGAAGGCCUUGUAUCCUAGCAGUGUGGGGCAGCCUUUCAAAGGAGACUAUGUGGAGAUAACAAAAAACCCAAAGUACCAGAAGCUGAACAGCUUUGCAGAGGAUAAAGUUCUGCUUGCAGAUGUGGUCAGCAAAAUCAACCGUGCCAAUGGCAAGGGAGCUCCAAGAAUUUUCCUCCUGACCAAGAAGAGCUUGGUUCUAGCUGAUCAGAAGACGGGCCAGGUGAAGGCCAGCGUUCCCCUGCCGGACCUCAGCAGUGUUUCUGUGAGCACGCAGAACGAUGGCUUUUUCGCCCUCAAGCUCAAAGAGGGUUCUGCGUCUGCAGCCAAAGGGGACUUCUUGCUGAGCAGUGAUCGGCUGAUUGAGAUUAUCACCAAACUUCAUUGCAUUGGUGCUACUUCAGCUGACAGAAACCAGAUCAGUAUCGAUAUUUCAGAUGAGUUCUUAGUGCAGUUCAAGCAGGACAAAGUGUGUGUAAAAUUCAUCCAGGGUACACCAAAGAAUGGCAAUGGUGUCGCCUGCAAGCGUAAAAACAACCGUCUUCUGGAAGUGUCCGUUCCGUCACCAUAAGGAGCGAUCAGCUCGGCCUACUGAGUGGUGUCAUCUCUGAGAUGCUUCACCCUCCCCCAGUCUUGUAACGAUUGUGCAAUUAUAUUGAUCCUGUCAUUUUUUAUUUAAAUGAUAAUAAUAAUAAUAACCAUUAUGAUUAUAGUGAAAUGCUUUGAGGCUGGCAUUGGCGAAGAUUCGCUUGGUGGAUCUCACCUCAUGCUCUUCUCAGCAAUAGCCAUGUGUUUGAACCAUUGUGUUUGCGUGAGCCUCUUGCUGAGAGAAACUUUGUAAAUAGAGAUGUUGAUAGGGUUUUGUUGGGCUCCUAGAAGGAUGCUGAAAAGCUACAAAAUUUAAGAUUGCACUUUUUCACUAGGGUGGUGGUCAGGAAAGACUAGUUGGUUUCUUUGUUUGUGUUUCUUUUUCUGUUCUAUUCUCAUCUUGUGUUUCUAGCGCAGACCAGUCAUUUAUUGGGGGGGAAAAAAAACUCAUCUGACUUUUGCCAAAUGAUAAGGCAUUUUUACAAUCCAAAACCUUGUGCCAUUUAGCUGUUCCUCCCCAGGAGAAAGACAUUAUCUUGUAUACAUUAUAGUGCAGACACUUUGUUAUUUAUAAGUCAAAUAAUAAUGAUUCUUUUCAGUUUCAUGAUAAAUGCCAAACAAUAUCAUUUUAAAUCCUGCUUUUUCACAUGUUUGCUUUAUUCUUUACAUACAUUAAAUCAGGGUAUUAUCAUGAAAACCACUUGGCACUGAAAUGCGAUGUACUGUACCUGCAUUGUUCGUAUAUAUUCAUGCAGGGCAUCAUUUUAUUCAUGGGGCCCAAAUACUGAUCCCUGCGUUUAUAAUGGAAUUUCCAAUGCUGUAAAGAUCUCCACUAAAAAGAUCUCCACGGCAAUUAUGCUUAUGUGGAAAUGCCUCCAUAUAGCAUGAAGAUUUGAUUCUCACAUCUGGGUUGACUUGGACCAGUAGUCAAGACAGCUGGUGAACGCUUGUUUCAGAAGGCCUUACAGAAGAAAAACUGAUGCUAAUAACCUGAACGCUAAAGCCCUGGCUGGUACGAUCUUUGCUAAGUCCGCUUCAGUCAGUCCCUUUACUUAAAGCUGCAUGUACAUGAGCUGUAGAAUUUGUGUGGACCUUGUAUGGAAGGAGGCUAAUAAUAGUAGGUGGUAUGUUGACCUAUAGCUGUAUUUUGGCAAAAUCUAUAUGCUUUUUUGCCACUGGAAUGUGGGCUGCAUCAUUUUAUUUUUGGCUCACUCACAUCUGCUAAUAAUAAAUGCAGUGUUUUUCUUAACGCCUGACCCACAUCAUGGUUUUUUUUUUUUUAAGGAGUGCAAACAGCCAUGCAUUCUUUGGACGCAAGG